CCGUAGCGCCGGCCCUGGCCUAUGCCAGUCGCGCGGCCGCCUCCGCCGUUUGCAGGCGGCUUCUUUGGGCGCCAAGGCCCCCAGCGGGCCUCUUCGGCCCGGGACCGGCCCCGCCCCGUCUCCGCUGCAGCGGGAGGAGCCCCGGGAGCGCGCUCCGCCGAGCGCGCAGCCCGGUGUCUCGGUGGCGGUCAUGGCGGCGGCCUCGCAGCGGGACCCCGGGGACUGGCAGGAUUUCUCCGGCUUCCAGCCCCCCGCAGGGAGCAGCCCCGAGCCGGCCCGGGACGGGGGCACUUGGGGGCCCGGAGCCCUGGGGGACAAGCUGCUCCUCUGCUUCAAGCCCCCCCCGCCUCGGGACGGCGGCAGCGAGAGCCGGGUCCCGCUGCGGCCCCUCAGCGAGCAGAGCGCCCUACAGGAAGACGAGAUUUGGAAUGCUUUGACUGAUAAUUAUGGUAAUGUAAUGCCAGUUGAUUGGAAGUCCUCCCACACCAGAGCUUUGCAUAUGCCAACACUGAAUCUCUCAGAAAAAGGGUUAAAUGAACAUUUGAACCUUGACCUAUCAGAUGAUGAAGAGCUUCGAGAACAGCUGGAUAUGCACUCUAUCAUAGUUUCCUGCAUCAGUGAUGAACCGCUGUUCACAGCAGAGCAGGUGAUUGAAGAAAUAGAGGAAAUGAUGCAGGAAUCACCUGACCCAGAAGACGAAGAAACACCCACGCAGUCAGACCGGCUCUCCAUGCUUUCCCAGGAAAUUCAAACACUCAAGAGAUCCAGUACAAACAACAGUUAUGAAGAGAAAGUACAAAAACUGUCUGUCGCUGAACUAAAUGAACUACUAGAAGAAAUUGAGACUGCCAUUAAGGAUUAUUCUGAGGAGCUGGUACAGCAGUUGGCUCUAAGGGAUGAGCUGGAGUUUGAAAAGGAAGUGAAAAAUAGCUUCAUUUCUGUCCUCAUCGAAGUACAAAACAAACAGAGAGAACACAAAGAAACAGUGAAGAAGAAGAAAAAGCUGAAAAAUGGUAGUCCUCAGAAUGGCAAACAAGAAAGAGGUCAUAUGCCUGGAACACGCUUCAGCAUGGAAGGGAUCUCAAAUGUCAUUCAGAAUGGCUUCCGCCACACGUUUGGAAACUCGGGUGGAGAGAAACAGUACUUAACAACAGUCAUUCCUUAUGAGAAGAAAAGUGGACCGCCCUGUGUUGAAGAUCUACAAACAUUAACCAAAAAUUCUGCUAUGUCAGGUUUUGCCAUAUGGGAGGCUAUGAAAGAUGGGAGUUCGUCUUCAUAUAUGCAAAGAAAAGUCCUUUAUGCUAUGAAAGAGGACAGCGAGAAAGUGCCAAGCUUAUUAACAGACUACAUUUUAAAGGUUCUGUGUCCGACAUGAAAAGUGCUGCUUUACUUCAGAAGUAACCAUGCUCCUUCCUGUGACAAGAAGCUUUCCAGAGAUAGUUCAUAGUAUUUUCUUUUCAUUUGGCACUGUAUCUAAACCUGUAUGUAUUUACUUUCCAUGUCUGUUUGGAUUUUUGGAUCAUACAGUAGGCCUUUUGGGCAUGAUGGUAGAACUUAUGCACUUUUCAUUUGAUGGUGCAAUGUGCUUGAGCAUAGAACAAACAUUGUACAGUUUUACUCACAAGCUUUGGUUUGGUUUUUUAAAAUCUAUUUUACAUUGUGUAACAUAGUAAUCCCUCCCACAUAUUUCAUUGUUGGGGAAAGAAAACUAAACUUUAAAUACUGUAAAUAAAAUAAGCCUAUAAUUUUAACUAAUCUGCAGUAAAACUAAAUAAAUAAACCCUCUGUUCUUAUAUCAAACUUGCAAAAGGGAUCAUCGCCAAGCCUGCACUGAAGAAUUCCAUUGAAGUUCUUUAGUGGACACUCCAAAACCGUGAUAGUGGCAACUGGCACUGAACACUUUUUUUUAAAAGCAGUAACUUAGAUUAUAAACUAUAAUACUGUAUUGUUCAGACACUGAACAAAUGUUCUGAUGCUCUACAGGAAGAAGAAUCCGUGUCUCUGCUCCCUUUACUUGCUACCUGAUUUACAUAAACUUCAAAAUAUUAGAUGAUAAUUCUUCAUCACUCUUAUUUUCUAUUGGUUCUGUUUUUAAUAAUUGUCUAUUGAGACCUGAUAUGUUCCCUCAUUACUGCUAUCAUUUUAGUAUUCAUGUUAAAUAUUUGGUCUUAGGAUAAUAUUUUAUAGGCUGCAGUAUGUAAACAAAUAUUUUAAGAUGCUCAGUGUCCUUUAAAUUAUGUGCAGUGUUUGAGAAAUGGUCAUUCUCGUUUCCAAGACAGUUACGUUGAAACUUUCAUUAUCAUGUACUUAUAAGGCAUCCUACAGAUCUGGCUCUUGUAACUCCCUGUCUGUCAUGAUGUUAUACCUGUACCUAGAUGUCACUGAGGGGAACAUAUUUUAUAAAUCACAUUAAAUAUCUUUGCUAGUCUUAGAGCAAGUCCAGUGGUGUGAAAAGAAAAGUAAAUGCCAAUAGAAAGAAAGAAAGUAAUUGUUUUUACGUUUGAUUCCAUAUUUAUUAUAUAUUUAUACUAUAGAAGCCCCCAGAGCCAGCCACGGUACAAAUACAUAGGAAGAUACAAUCCUGAAGAGCUUAUAAUCAAACAUUUUUCUCAAGAAUUUGCUUCUGUUCCUUUAUCUUAAAAUCUUAGUGAUGAAGAAUCUGUUCUAGAAUAAUUUUCACAAUGUAAUACUUUUAAGAAUCUGCUUAUUAGUAGCAGAUACUAUGAGUUCUUCCACUUGAUUAGCAGAGCACAUUAAUUAUGAACAUGGCACUCUGUCACUUAGUAAUGCAGUUUUCCCUCUAGAUUCAGUUACAGUAUUAUAAUUGAACUUCAGUAUUAUGUGUCCAUUGUGCCUGUCUUUUUUUUGCAGAAUAUUCAGAACUCAGAAUCUAUAGCCAUUACACCACUUGGUCAGCAGUGGACAACCUGCUUGAGCAGGAUAAUGGCAAAGUAUUAUUUCACCUGUCAAUGAGAUGCUCCUUCUGAUCUGCUUAAGUGGUUACGUUUCUGUGAAGAGAUUCUUGCCUGUAUUAUUUUUUUUCUUUAAUAGUUCCUCUAUAAAGAAAAAUAUUGUUUCCUCUGCUGAUAUAUUGUGAAUUCAACAUGGCAUUCCUUGUGUUUUUGUUUUUGUUUGUUUUGCUGAAUGUGUUGUUUUUCUGUAGAAUGUUUCAUUUCAACCUAUUGUCUUCUAUUUUUUAACUAAGAAAUAAUCCUAUUCCAUUAUUUCAGUAUAGAAACUGAGAAAUAACAGAUCAGUGGCUUCAAACCUGGUGAGAACCAUUAUUUAUCUCCAAGCCACCUCUAUUCAAAGGUGCUUCCUGGUGCUGUCUAGUCCUAAAAUGAAUGCCUGACAAUAAAGUUCAGUCCUGCAGGGUAUUGAGCAUUCUGGCCUUGAUCCAGCAAAGAACUUAAGACAAUGAUUUCUGUGGGACUACUUAUGUCCUUAAAGUUACACAGGUUUAAGUGGAUCAGGGCAAGAGUGCUCAGCAUCUUGCAGGAUAGAACCCAUUAGUGCUUGGCAUUCCUCUGUGCAUUCAGCGAGACCAACUCCAGGACAGUGCUGCUGUUUUCAAGGAAGAAGUUCUCAAAAACAAUAGAAUUGAAUGGUAGUCCUACUGGGAGUUGUAAUUUUUGGUAGAGCUGAAUUAUCACAUACAGUUCAGACUCAAGUUCCACAUUGCCUCAUCAGUCUCAAAGGCAUGAAGUCCAAUGCAUUGGAGUCAAGGUGCCAGGUAGAUCUUUCAGUAUGCUCCCUGCACGUUAUUCAUCAACAUUCAAAUGCAGGCAAAAUUUCCCUCAAAGCAAAUGUGUAGAUUUGUAUGUAAUGUAGGGAUGUUCAAAUCUAUGUACAUUUAUUAUUAUUUCCAUACUUUUUAAAUUGUUUUAGUUUGGGGGAGGCUUAUGGAAUUUUCCACUGUACCCAUCACUUGCCAUUUGUGAUGCCAAGUGUUUGCAGAGUAUCCUAUUUCUAACAUUUCUUUGGGACACUUAAGCUAAAUUACAUUGUAAGCUUUUUUAACUAAUAUUUUGAUACUUUUGUAUUUUCUUUCUUUAUUGUAGCAAUUGAAACUUUAAUGGAGUUAUUUGUCUGAGAAUUGAGGUGACUGUUUAAUAUAGUAAUGAUUCUUGGGAUUGCAACUACUGGGCUUGUUUUGCUGAGUACAAUAUUGGGAGCCAGGACAGAGAGGUGUGUGCCUGAUCCUGAACCACUGAAGUCAGUGGUUGCAGGAUCAAGCCCUAUGAGCGGGGAAAGCGAAGAGGACUUUCAGCUGGAAAGGCAGGGACAGAGGUGUCUCCUGAGUUACCGCCUUUCUCCUUGGGUGAGAAAGGGAGAUGCAGAAAACCACAAUACUCGACCCAUCUCCUUUACCACAAAAGCGGAGAGGUUUCCCCAUUGCUUGACCAUUCUCUGGCCCUCUGCUGAGUUAGGAAUGAGGGGAGAAAUGUCCCCAUGAGCUUUUUCCCUCUUUAAAUAGGUAGAAGAAACAAAUGCUCUCAAGUUUCCCUGUGUUCCCCUACUCCUGGGGUGGGCAAGGGAGGUAAGAGAUGAUAGAUAACGAGGAUAGGGGAAGGAUUAGCUAGGAAGAAUGUGUUAGGGAGAAUGGAGGCAAAGUAGGAAAUGAAGGGUGCUAGGAAACAUGGGAGAAGAGGAGAAAAGAAAUGGAACACAGGUAGUGGAAAAAUCAGGAAAGCAUGGGGGGGGGGGGAGAGGGGAUUGAAAUAAUAGUCUUAGAAUUUAACACUGUAGGAAAACAGACAUUGCCAAAAAAGUACAAAGGAUAUACCAAAAUAUACUAUGUAUUCUGAACCUCCUAAAAAUGUCCUUAGCUGUGGAUAAAUUCCUGACAAAAAUUGUCUGCCCUACCAGACUGAAUUGAAUUUUUUUAAAUAUUCUGUAUGCAGUGUUGUUGUAGCCAUGUUUGUCCCUGUGUAAGUAUUCUGUGUAAACCUCACCUAUAAAAGCCUGGCACCGAGCAACAAAAGCUGAAAAUGGUUAAUGUGCAUCCAAACCAGCGAAUAAAUUUGCAGCCUGCAAGUAA